GGGCGUGGGGGUGUGUUUACCGCGCGGAGGGGCGGCCGGCCGUAAGCUCGCCGCUCGCCGCCGCUACCGCCAGUGUUGUGGUAGGUCGCACGGAGCGCGCUCGCAUCGCGUGCUCGAAUCAUUCACAUUCGCGACUCCGCGUCGGCAUAACAUGUAAUCGGUCUCCAAUAAAUAUUAUCAAUUUGUAGUUUUUACUUGACACUUUAUAAAGACUAAUAAAAAACAAGUUGCCGAGCGACAAUAAACUUUACCAAGAAAUUAGUGCAAAUAAAUGCAUUUUGCCGUGAAUCUGGAGUGAGAUGGCCCUGUCGCUGCAGUCGACGCAGAAUUCUAGAGGUGUAUCAGUAAGGCCGCUAUCGAGCAUGCGUCAGGAGUCACUCCCGAUGCUGGCGGAGCGGCUGCUGGCGACGCGCGCGGCGGCGCUUGUGGCGGGGCUGCCGGCCGAGCUGUACUCGGGCGCGCUGCUGGCCGCGUGGCCGCCGUCGCCCCCCGCACCGCUGCUACCGCCGCAGGAGCUGGAGCGCGCGCGCAAGCGUCGCCGAACACCCAAGUUGGAUGAAACAGCCACCGCGCCUCCCUCUCCGCCCUCGUCCGGCUCCUCGCCCGGUGCUGCUGACCCGCCCCGUGACAAACUUUUUACCUGCAAGGUUUGCUCACGCUCUUUCGGCUAUAAGCACGUCUUACAAAACCACGAGCGUACCCACACUGGCGAGAAACCAUUCGAAUGUGGAGAAUGUCACAAACGAUUCACCCGAGAUCAUCACCUAAAGACACAUCUACGUCUUCACACUGGAGAGAAGCCAUACAGCUGCCCGCACUGCCCGCGCCACUUCGUGCAGGUGGCCAACCUGCGGCGCCACCUCCGCGUCCACACCGGAGAGCGACCGUAUGCGUGUGCUCGCUGUCCGGCGCGCUUCUCUGACUCCAACCAGCUAAAAGCACAUGCUUUAGUUCACGAAGGCGAUGCUCCGUUCGCCUGUCGUUGCGGCGCGCGCUUCCGUCGGCGGCAAGCUGCCGCGCUACACAGAUGCGCCACCACCGGCUGCGAGCCGGACACCCCGAGCCCGCCCGUGUCCACGGCGCCCGACUGGCGCUGGGACGAGUGGCCCGAGCAGACGGAGCCCGAGGACCUGUCCCUGCCCCGGAGGCCGGCCACGCCGGACUCGCCCACUGACCUGCGGGUCCACUCCGCGUAGUGCCCGCGCGCCGCCGCGCGCCGCUGAGCCGGUAUACGAGUUCCUCCUGCGUAGACCCCGCGCUGCCGUCGGCCGCUGAAUCUGGUCCUCUCUAGUUCGCUUUCACGGAGACACUCGCACUUUACUCCAAUAUUCUAGGCAAUAUCCUUGCAAAAAUAAUUACUGCUCUACUAAAUAAGGCAACAUUUACUUUUUACAGACUAUUUUUUGCUCUUUUCUCCGUAAGACUACCGACAUAGUCUCGUUAGGUAGUCCUCUAUUCUUUUUUUACGAUUUUGCAUUUGCAAUGUUCCCCAUAAAAAGUGCUUUUUUAUCCAUGUUACAGUUUAGAAGCUUAUUGUUGUACUAUUUGCAUAAUCGUAAAGCGAGGUGAGGCAAAAACGACGUGUUUUUGUUCUUUUGUUUUGCAACGUUGCUAAACUUGUAAAGAACAUAUUUUACAAAAGAUAUUUUUUGAUUUAUUGGCAGCGUCUAUUGUUUUGUGAUAAAAACUUGAUAAAAAAUGUUCCGUUGUGCUGGAUAUUUAUUGAUGUUCAAUUGGUUUUCGUGUCCUCACGAUUAACGAACUGAAACUAGAAUAUGUAUUACCGUAGAAGGUCAUUUGUUUUUCAUAAAGUUCUUUGGCGAUAUAAUAUACAACUCAAAUGGAUAUAAAUAAAUACGAAGCCCUAGUAUCAAGCAAUUCGUCUUACAAUAGUUCGAUAACGCCUCUAACCGGCUUGCAGUCACCCAUGUUUUCUUUAUAAAACCUCUUAAAAAGUUUUAAAUUGCGGCCCUUUCUUUUGCUCAAAAUAGGAAAUAAUACGAUACUCUUGAAUUCAUGAUACGGGAUAAUUGUAUAGAAUCAUUGGAGCUUUUGUAAUUAAGAUUGAAUGUGAGCGAGGCAGUCUCCGGCGAGCGGGGAGGCGCGAGCGGCCGGCCGCGCGCACCGUGCUUCUGUACAUAGCUGUCUCUUACAAGAUUAUUUAUUAUUUAUCGAUUAGUUUGUAGACGUUUCGAUGUAAUUACGGUAUCUCGACGUAAUGAAUACGGUUACUGUUAAUAUUACGUGUAAAUAUUUAUGUAGUGUUACAUAAAGUACGUUGUAGAGAAGUUGGUGUAUUGAGAAUUAUAUUACAAAUUAUUUUAAGUCGAUACCGAACAUCUCUGAACGGGCUGUGCUGUAUCGAUAUUGAGACAAGUGAAUAUAUGUGUUAGAGCGGGGCCAUGCACGCGAUGACCUGAUGCCGUUUAGGUGAAUAUUUACUUGUAGUUGUAAGGCAACAGUCAGAAAUAUUUAAAGUGUUGUACAUACUCUUAGUGUUAACUUAUGAUCUCCUCGUCGUGGACAUGGCCCCUGUGUUACGCCGCUGCGGCCUCGCAGGUCGCGGGCUGCACUGGUGAGCAUUAUUGCAAUUUGUUCUACGGGUAUUAGUUUCCUACUAGAUGUAAUGGUUUAUUUUCCAUGUUUUAAUAUAAUUUAAUUUCAUAGUAGUUGUUCUGAACGUUUUAGCGCACAUGAUUUAUGAUAUCGUAUGUAAUUAUAUAACUAGGCUGUACUGUUUGUUGAUUAUUAUUAUUUUAUUUUCUAUAGUCAUGUUCGAAAUGUAGGGUCUUAUUAUAAGGAGUCGAUGUAGAAGUAACGAUAUAUUUUUUUCCAAAGAAAUUAUUGGUACAAAUAUAAAUGUGUACAAAUUUAAUGAUAAAUCUCGAUUAGAAGUCGUAAUUUCAUGUUGCAAUGUUGUAAUAUUAUGGUAGUUAGUGUAAAGCUAGGCGAGUCUGCCAUUAUCUACCUCACUUGACUACGGUUACUACGCCAGGGUAAAGAGCCAAAGUUCUUGGAAAUAUUUUCUAUUGUUCAUCUCCGCGGAGAUAAUGUACAAGUGACAGGAUUAGCGAGCGGCGCCUGAUCAUUAGUUUGAGACUGAUUUUAUUUGUUAUAUUAGUUAGCGGCUGUCCGUGCCGCGACCACUCGCCGUCCGUGCCCGUGUGUGACUGUAGCCGCAUGUUACAACCCCACACGUGCACAAAACGGUUUGCAAUUGAUUUGAGUUCCUAUUUAAUUGAAGAUUUUGAAGUGUUGUUUGCUUUUUAUUGUUUAUGAUACAUGGUUAGCAAUGUUUUAACACCGAGUGCCAUUUGAUCACACCUCAGGCCUGUCCGUGGGUCAACACUAGUUAAGAUUGAUGUCUGGUAUAUUUCUGUGUACAUAUAUUUAACUGUCAAACCAAUCUACCUCAUGUACAAUCUAUAUACAGGUAUUGUUUAAACAUUCGUACACUUGAUUUCGACUUUUACUGUACUUGUACAAAAUAUUAUAAUAUAUGAAUGUGUCAUAAUUAUUAUGGUACUACGAUUAUAUAUGUAUUUCUUUAUCAAUGUCCAGUACAUAAUUAUUAAA